AGCUGGGCCCAACUUCCCCAGUGCCUGCCAGAAGAGCUUGUCCUGGAGACACAAAGAGUGUGGUACUGGUGGAUGGCCUCGGGCUGCGGUCUCUGUCUCCCCCAGCCCCAGCGAAGAACAGAGUCUGCGCCUCUUCCCUGGGGCCUGCACAGAGCAGAGGGAUGGGCGAGCUGGCUUCCUCAGAACCUCCUGCCGUGCACAAACUGGGGGCUUGUUUUGGACCUAGUAGGCCGUGCCGCUGACCUGCCCACCGCCCACCAGGAUGAGCAAACUGCCCGGGGAGCUGGCCGGCGACUUGGAGCGCAGCCUGCCGGCAGUGGCCUCCCUGGGCUCAUCGCUGUCCCACAACCAGAGCUUCUCGCCACACUUUCUCCUGCCACCUCCAGAGAAGCGCCGGGCCAUCUCGGAUGUGCGCCGCACCUUCUGUCUCUUUGUCACCUUUGACCUGCUCUUCGUCUCCCUGCUCUGGAUCAUUGAGCUAAACACCAACAAAGGCAUCUGGAAGAGCCUGGAGCAGGAGAUCAUCCACUAUAACUUUAAAACUUCCUUCUUUGACAUCUUUGUCCUGGCCUUCUUCCGCUUCUCUGGGCUGCUCCUGGGCUACGCUGUGCUGAGGCUCCGGCACUGGUGGGUGAUUGCGGUCACCACGCUGGUAUCUAGUGCCUUCCUCAUUGUCAAGGUCAUCCUCUCUGAGCUGCUCAGCAAAGGGGCGUUUGGCUACCUGCUCCCCAUCGUGUCCUUUGUCCUUGCCUGGUUGGAAACCUGGUUCCUUGACUUCAAAGUCCUACCCCAGGAGGCUGAGGAGGAACGAUGGUAUCUUGCUGCCCAGGCUGCUGUCACUCGUGGACCCCUACUCUUCUCGGGCCCUCUGUCUGAGGGCCAGUUCUAUUCGCCCCCAGAAUCCUUUGCAGGGUCUGACAAUGAAUCAGACGAAGAAGUUGCUGGGAAGAAAAGCUUCUCUGCCCAGGAGCGGGAGUACAUCCGCCAGGGGAAGGAGGCCAUGGCGGUGGUGGACCAGAUCUUGGCCCAGGAGGAGAACUGGAAGUUCGAGAAGAAUAACGAAUACGGGGACACUGUGUACACCAUCGAGGUUCCCUUUCACGGCAAAACAUUCAUCCUGAAGACCUUCCUGCCCUGCCCGGCGGAGCUGGUUUACCAGGAGGUGAUCCUGCAGCCUGAGAGGAUGGUGCUGUGGAACAAGACGGUGACUGCCUGCCAGAUCCUGCAGCGAGUGGAAGACAACACCCUCAUCUCCUACGAUGUGUCUGCAGGAGCUGCGGGCGGGGUGGUCUCCCCCAGGGAUUUUGUGAACGCCCGACGCAUCGAGCGGCGCAGAGACCGAUACUUGUCAUCGGGCAUUGCCACCACCCACUGCGCCAAGCCCCCAACACACAAAUAUGUCAGGGGAGAGAACGGUCCUGGGGGCUUCAUCGUGCUCAAGUCGGCCAGUAACCCCCGAGUCUGCACCUUCAUCUGGAUCCUCAAUACGGAUCUCAAGGGCCGCCUGCCGCGGUACCUCAUCCACCAGAGCCUCGCAGCCACCAUGUUUGAAUUUGCCUUCCACCUGCGGCAGCGUGUCGGGGAGCUGGGGGCCCGAGCCUAACCAUGUGUCCCCUCGGCCACCCUGCGGGCCAGGGUCCUGCCGCCGCAGCCUCCAGAGCCAGAGGAGGGGCCAGAUGGCCUUCCCACUGCUGCUCGCCCAGGCCCGGCCUCAGGAGUGGGGAGGGGGCAGGGCCUCGAGGGCAGAGCCUUGGC